CAAAUUUACACAGCCACUGCAGUAAUGGCGAAUAUUUGAUGCACCAAUGUUGUACGUUGUACCCUGGUUACCGUCCUACUAUCAGAGGAAAAAUAUUUCUAGUUGUAUUGUGAUUAAACGAAUUCUGCAGACGCAAUAACGUCAAAAAUGUGUGUCUGCCCUCAGAUGGAAGCAGCAAUAUCCGCUGAUACACAGCAAAUUUUCCAUCCCAUGUCGUUGGAUCAUGUUCGAAACGUAUCAGAGUUCACAACUGGGAGAGCUGCUCUUGAGGUCAUAUCCACUAUGGGGCCGCAGGUUGCACGGCAAUGGAUGCGGUUCAAUAAUCAAACGGUUGCUGACAAAGUCCCAUCUGAAAUGCUUCAUCUAAUUGAUCCACAUUGGUACCAAUUUCCACCCAUGGACCCGCUGUGGCACAAGAUCCUUGGUCUUGUGAUGAUCGUCCUGGGGAUAAUGGGUUGGAGCGGUAAUGGCGUCGUAGUGUACGUGUUCAUGCUUACACCAUCGUUAAGGACUCCAAGCAAUCUACUCGUCGUUAAUCUAGCCUUUUCGGACUUCCUCAUGAUGAUCAUAAUGUCCCCACCAAUGGUUAUUAACUGUUAUUACGAAACUUGGGUGCUUGGACCUCUGAUGUGCGACAUUUACGCAAUGGUUGGAUCACUUUGCGGAUGCGCUUCUAUUUGGACUAUGACUGCCAUUGCUCUGGAUCGGUAUAAUGUUAUUGUGAAGGGAAUGUCCGGCACUCCAUUCACCAUCAAAAAAGCAGUUUUAGAAAUUCUGCUGAUCUGGAUGUUUGGAUUAGUUUGGAGUAUACUUCCUAUGAUUGGGUGGAAUAGGUACGUCCCAGAAGGCAACAUGACCGCUUGUGGAACGGAUUAUCUGAGUAAAGAAUGGCUCUCCAAAUCCUACAUUCUGGUUUACUCUCUAUUCGUUUAUUACUUGCCGCUCUCCACUAUCGUCUACAGUUACUAUUAUAUUGUCUCGACGGUUGCAGCGCACGAAAAGGCAAUGAGGGAUCAAGCAAAAAAGAUGAACGUGGCUUCUUUGCGAUCUGGUGAUAAUCAAGCAGCCAGUGCGGAAGCCAAACUAGCAAAAGUGGCAUUGACUACAAUAUCGUUAUGGUUCUUAGCCUGGACACCAUAUUUAGUAAUUAACUAUGUGGGCGUCUUCAACAUCGCUAAGAUAAGCCCUCUCUUUACGAUUUGGGGAUCACUUUUUGCCAAAACAAACGCUAUCUACAAUCCAAUUGUCUAUGGCAUCAGCCAUCCCAAGUACAGACUGGCGCUGAAAGAAAAGUUACCAUUCCUGGUGUGCGGAUCAACAGAACAACCGGCAGCACCUACGGCUGGACCGCCUCCAGCCAAUUCCGAUUCUGCAUCUACGAAUACAGCUGAUGCGAAGGCUUAG